AUGAAAGAGGUGCUCUGUCGCUCGCUCAUCGGCACGCUCGACGCACCGAAUGACGCAAGCAACCCAUUCUCCCCAACGGGUGCAUCGCAGUCGUCGUCCACAUGGUCGCCCACGAUUGCCACCAGCAUCACCAACCGCUUCCUCUCCAACGUGCAGCAGCAGAAGAAGCAAACCUUUGAGCGUCUUAUGCAGAAGGAGAUGACAAGCUCCCAGCUCUCCUUCUCACGCCUCACUGGGGAUGACGGGGAGUCGAACGAUGGCAUGCCGGAGCUCGUCAUUGGCGAUGAGACGGCCAUCAUGGAGCCUCCCGUCAGCGAGAGGGAUAUCCUCCCUGUGGAAUCCCCACCAGAAGUUGGGGGAAGCUCUCUAUUUGACGCUCCACUCCUUGGAGGUAACACGUCUCGAAGCUUCAUCGAAUUAGACGAGGAGAAGGAGCAGGCGCAGUCUGAGGCUUUGAUGCGCAAGCAUGAGUUGUGGCGUCUGCGGCAGAAACACUUACGAGAGCAACUUCACGCCGAGAAGGCCGUUUCGCAGCUCAAGCGGACGGAACCCCAGUCGUCACAUGCACAGGCUCCUACUACUACUACUCCUACUACAGCCGUUGUUUCAUCAUCGGCUGUCUCAGCGCGUGUUUCGACGGGUGAUGUUAACGGGUCCUUUGACGUUUUAAUGGUGACGCAGCGUAGCGUUAUGCAGCGAGCACACGGCGCCACACUCGGGCUCUCCACCGACCAUAUUGAUAUGAUCCGCCGCGUGAACAACUUUGACAAUACCUCUAGUCAGCGGGUGGUUGUUUUCGAGGCAAAGAGCAGCAAACAAGGCUUAGCCUCUUCCUCCUCCUCUUCGAAGCAUCAAGGUAAGCUCUAG